ACUUCUUUGCGGUAACGUCGUGCGUCGAACGAUUUCCGUACUCCCCUCGACACCGGGCUUAUUUAAAACCGCGAAAUUACCCUCGGACAACUAAAACUAGCGUGGGCAGAUCUGCGAGUAGAAUAUUGAACGAGGUAAAAAAUCAUCGGCAAGGGUUGAAAUCCCAACCCCCUCACCCUUCACGAACAGAAUCAAGUGAGUGGCGGAAUCGGAGCUGAAAAAAGUGACGGUGGUGUUCAGUGAAAGUGAUCGCAAGGAUUCCACCGACCAAAAUGGGCCUCCUCACCUCGCUCGUCGUCCUGAUCGCGAUUUCGACGAUCGUUUCGUCGGAGCCGAGCGUGGAAAAGAUACGGACCGCGAUUCCAAGGUGCUGCCGAUCCGGCGAGACGUUGGUCGAAGGGUCGAAGGGCGAAGUCGGCAGGUGCGUACCGACAACGGCGAUGUGGCAACCUUUGAUAUUCUCGCUUUCGAGCCGAGGGCAAAUCCCAAUACCGGACGACUGGGAUAUCCGAGAGAACACGCGUCCGCACUGCGGAGUCGACAGGGUCCUGAGCUUCUAUCCGAACUCGAAGACCCAGCCGUUCAUCUUCUUCGACAACGGUCUCCUGAUCCUGAACAGUGGUACCGGAAAUGCCUACGAGCCCGACCAAUACUGCGCCGAAAACGAGGCGUUGCUUCUAUGCAGGAUGAAGGAGGAACUGAAGCCGAUGGUCUUCCAGUGCUGCGGAAGCGAGGCCACUUUGCACGAGGAUAAAUCUCAGUGCGCCCUAAUGCCGGAAGGCUCGCCACCCGACACUUUCGCGAUACCGAACGCUACCAGUUACGAUAUUAUACUGGAUUUCCCAAACUGCGAUCAUGUGGGAAAUUAUUCGGUGAUCGGUGACGUGGAUGAUGCACACAUCAUGGAAAACGGGACUCUGAUUUUCGAUCAUCUCAACAUCCCGCCGGGACAGUUUUGCAUCGAGAAAACUUACGAUAUGAAAUCGGUCAAGGUUAUCGCCUGUACCGAACACGCUAAAGUCAGGUCUGCAAUCGACGAGGAAACUAGCCCACACUUCACUCUAUAUGCGGUCGGAUUCCUGAUCAGCGUUGUAUUCCUGGCGGCCACCCUCGCAGCCGGAUGGCUGUUGCCAACAGCCCACCAUGUCCUCCAUUGGCGGUGCCAGACGCAGCAUGUUGUCUGCCUGAUGCUGGCCGACCUUCUCAUGGCCAUCAUUUACCUCGGCAGCAAGUCGCUACACCCCAAUGCCUGCAAAUCCAUAGCGGUAUUGACCCACUUCUUCUUUCUGGCAGCAUUCUUCUGGCUGAACACCAUGUGCUUUAACAUCUGGUGGACUUUCAGAGACUUGAGGCCGGCGAGUCUGGAAAAGGGCCAGGAAAUUUUGAGGCUUAGGGUGUACGCCUGUUACGCUUGGGGCGGUCCUCUCUUUAUAGCCGGUUUAGCGGCACUGCUUGACAAUCUGCCGGAACAACCUGGACUCAUAUUCCUCAGACCACGUUUCGGCGAGAAAUACUGCUGGUUUUACGGAAGCAUGGAGAGUCUGACUUACUUCUUUGGACCAGUCGGCAUUCUGCUGACAAUCAACGUUCUGCUUUUCGCUGCUACAGCUCGCGAGCUUACCUGUGGCCUAUGGAAACGUGAAGUAGUCAAGAGCACAACGGAGAGAGCCGCACUAGGACGCGUUUGCAUGAAGCUGGUCGUCGUGAUGGGAGUGACUUGGGUUGUAGACCUUAUUUCGUGGAUCGCCGGAGGACCCCAGUAUCUAUGGUACUUCCCAGACAUGGUCAACGCGCUCCAGGGAGUCUUCAUAUUCGCUGUUGUUGGCUGUCAGCCUCAAGUUUGGACCGCUUUGAAAAGACUGUGCAACAGAAAUCCGCGUACGAAUGCCGGAAGACAAGGAAACGCGGUGAGCACAACGAGCAACGGAAUGCCGAGCAUGGGUGACAGCGUCACACAGAAUCAGAGCACGAAAUCUGUGCCGUUAGAAACUAUCUGCUAAAGAAAGAAACGGACGAGGUAGACAUACUACGAUGAAAUUUGAAAAGUUCCUUUUACCACCAAACAGUGGAAUGGGUACCAGAGUAUGUCAUCGAUGACGACCAUUUUUUAGUGGAAAAACAGAGGAAUCGGAACGACGAAAGGGGAAUGAACUGUAUCUGUCUUGACAAGUCUUAAGGAAGAGAAAAUUACCGCAUGGUUAUUUAUAAUCUCAAUUAACAUAUGCUAAACAGACGAUGAAAAGAGUACUUCGACCUCUAUUGUGUUAAAAGUAUCACUCACCAUCGAGGUAAAUCUGUGAACAAUCCUGGAUCGUAAUUUUGGAUUAAUAUUUGCAAAUUCAUUGUCCGACACGUAAUAUUACGUAUUCAAUGCGUUUUUACUCUCAAAGAAUAUCCUAGCACAAUUCUUGAUGACCAACUGACCUUCGUUGUGCAAUCGAAAUGUUGGUACGCGUUUGCAGCGGACGUCAGCUAAUCGAGAUUGCGAAAUAAUUGGCAUCGCGGCGGUCUAAUAUUAUUAUAUUGACAUUCUUGUUUCUUUUACGUGUACCGGCCCAUUUUUAACUAGCGUUCGUUAAUGAGUAGUCAAGGAUUUUUCAAUCAGUUUGAUUUUAACGACGAAUAGAAAAAAAAUUAACCUCCUAGGUUAAUUUAGCACUGCAACAUGGGAAAGAGAAUUGAAAUACGACUUCGUUCUUCCAUACAUCGAGAAUGCGGUUCAUAUCAAAUGACGCAAGCAUCGGGGAAGUCGAAAGUUUUCACGAACCGAAUAAGAAAGUAUAAUACUAUUUGUAUAGAUUACGUUAUCGCACAAAAUUUUAUCCCCGUUUCGAAACAUGUGCGAAUUCCAAAUUUGAGAAUAAAGUCAAACUCUUCGCGCAUUCAAGGAGGAAAUGGCGGUAAGAAGACCAAGCGUAAUCAUACGUGAAUAUUAUUAGAUACUGACAAUAUGAACGAGGAAAUCAAUGCCUUUUGAAAUGCCUUUAUAUAACACGUCAGUGUUUACCGAAACGAAUUGUAUUCAAAAAAUUUCACGCCUGAAGCCAAUGCGUCUAAGAUAUUGCGUCCAGUUAGAAUUUUGACGUUUAACAGAUAUGAAAAAUUCAAAGUCCAAGUUUGAAAAAUUAAACAAACUGUCACCGCAACUGACGUAAACGUACAAUGCGUUAUUGCAACUGCGUUGACGUUGCGAAAAAUUGAUAAAUGAAUGAAAUGAAAGUUCAAAGAAUAACGGAAAAACCGUGAUAGGAGAUUCGUUCCUUUGCGUGACUGCACUUCAACAUGUACGCAUAUGCACAUAAAUUUCGUUGAAUGAAUUCUCAAUUUUGAGCCAAAGUAAAGUUACAAGUUUCUCAACAGUAGCCAUUUUGAUUUUGCACCAGCUACAAAAUAUUUUACAAACAUUUUUUUCUGAAUUCCAACGGAAUGUCGAAUUUUAUCUUGUUGCGGACAAUUAAUCCACCAACAACUUGAAAAAUACCUCAUCUUUUUUGAGAAUUCAAGCAACGAAAUUCGCUUGUAUGCUCAUGUACAUGUGUUUGCGAAAAGGAGUAAGAUAUCGCCUUAUGGCGAUAACCUCUCAAGAUGACGCGUUUGACUGCCAAUACUUUUAUCCGAGUAAACGUUUGACAGUUUUAACCGUGUAUUUAUUACUAUGUAUAUAGUACACCUCUGAUGUAAGGUUACAUGUAGAUAUUAGCUUCUUCUUCUUUAUGGAAGUAAGUUUAUAACGCUCAUAAAUUAUAUAUCAUGGUAUUUACUCAUUUGCUAACAAUUAUGAUAAAUGAAAUGUAUUCAUGCGUAAAAAAUAGGUGUCCCAUUUAACUGUUUCUAGGACUUUUACUUCAUGUAUUCAGUUUUGGAAGCUUGCGCUUCCGAAAUAAAAAACUGUACCGAUCAGA